CGCCAGCCCAUGCGACUCGACUUUUCACAAUCAUUGCCUCGCAUCAACUUGAUCACCGGGCCCCUAAUACUUGAGGGCCGUCUAAUCAGACCAUUCUACUCCUGCAUUUAUCCUUGGAGUCUUUGCAACGCAUCCUUCACCCGUUACAUCUCCGAACCCGCGAACGCAUUCCUAGUGCUUCCUACCGAACGUCGCGACAUCUUGCACCGUCGGUCAUCACGUACGAAGAGGGGAUUUGAAGGAGAAAUACAGGCAAACUUCUUUUAAGGAGAUCAUAUACAACCGCCAAUAUGAGAGCGACAGCUGCUAGUUCAACAGAGAACCGCCACGAACUGGGACCGCUUCCUUCAGACGACGACCCAACGUCAUCCUCCGGCUCCUCGUCAUCAGAAAGCGAGAGCGAAGAAGAAAACAGUGAGGACGAGGAUGAGGACAUGCAUGAUUUCCACCAGACUACGACUUCUGCUUCCGCGCCCUCAAUACCCCAUAUCGGUGGUCGCCCUAAACCCAAUAUACAUCGCAUGGACGGCGGCUCGGACCUUUUGUCGCGAUUGUCGAGCUUUUUGCCGCAGAUGAAGAAUGCGAAUGAGGAUUUGGAAAGAGAAAUUGCGGCCGGAAGGGGUCAAGAGAUGGUCUUGGACUCUGUGGAUGACGAUGGCAAGGAUUACAUUGAGAUGAACCUCGGACUGGGAGUUCUGGAAGAGAAACGCGGCGACAGUGAGGAUUCCUCCAGUGGCGAUGAGGGCGACGACGAGGGCCCCGACGGAGACUCGGCCGAAGACAAGGGGGAUUCGGACCUUCUUGGGCAGCUAAUGGGUGGAAUAACCUCGUCUGCGGAUAAACCGUCCAUUGAGGAGAUGGCAGACUAAAGUCAAGGCUUAGGAAGUCUCGAAUUCUUGCAUCUAUAUACUCUUUCUAGCGCACCGCAUUUUCAUGAAGCAACAUAGGCUCUGCAGCCCAUUUGAUCGCGAUCCAAUGAUGGUCCUCCCAGGGGAGGGAUGAUGUCCGUUGCACUCCGUUGCUCGCUUCAACCAUAUAUUAACUGACGAAUGUGGAGGCCAUAAUCAAAUUACUGAAGACUGUACGGAGUAUAUAGCAUUUAAUUAGUAUACACAUUUGAGACUUUGGGG